AUGAGUUAUGAACCGAGUUGGGUGGAGAAUACAACCAACACACCGAUACCGGAGUUCCUGGAACGUACACUGAUGCUAGGACCUAACUACAACGUACCGAAUCGUGGAAAAUUUCCAUACAUUGAAACGUUGUCAGAAAUCGAAAAAGUAAUAAAAUAUCAAAAAAAUGUGGAAGAAAUCCGAGUAGAUGUAACCAAUGCGAUGUCCAAUUUUCUAAAUUUCCAUAAUCAACCACACCAUCAUCAACAAGACUGGAUUGCCAAGGACGUCGGGAGAAGCAGGAAGUUCUUGAAGGAAAACCCAGACUUAUUGAUCAUCAAAGCCGAUAAGGGAAACAAAACGGUAGUGUUGUCAUCGAAGGAAUAUGAGGAAAAAAUAGAGGAAAUGUUGAGGGACGACAAUACCUACGAGAAGAUUCGCUACGAUCCGACGGCAAGGGUGUCGCGAAAAAUCAAAACAAUUUUGGACAACUGGAGGGAAAAAAAUACAUCGACGCUGGCACUCAUCGGAAGCAUAACGUGUCAAACUGUAAUCCACCGCGCAUAUAUGGGCUGCCAAAAAUCCACAAACCAGUUAGGCCCAUGA